ACAAACCAGAUUUGCGAUCGCAAUUCGUUCGGCUUUUUCAGUUUUUUUAAGUGAAAUGUAAACAUAAUUUUGAGCUUUGCCGCACCGGAAAAUAAAAUAGAAGUAUAUGCACAUAAUCUCAAAUGAAAAUGAAGUGAAAAGCAACAAAGAAAUGUGAAAAAUGCAAAGAAAUCUGAAGCAUAACUCUGUGUUGUUAUAGAUGUUUUAAAACACACAAACGCACACACCACACUACACGCCAUUUGCAAAGUGGGUGUUUGUAUGCCUGCCUAGUGUCUUGGAAGUAUUGUUGGGGCAUGUUAUCACUUUGUAUUCCUUUUUUACUUGUUUCGAAAAUCAUUAAUGAAAGAAUGUUUUGAGAGGAGAUGUGAAAUGUUUUAUGGCAAUAAAGAAAUUGGUCAUUUGAGAUGUAUAUUUCCAAUGUUUUAAAAGACACUGAAUACUCAAUCAACAUGUACAAGUUUGACCGAAAAGAAUGGCGAAUAUUUUGCCGCCUUCAAAGGAAACACAAAGUGUCCAUGGAGUUUCUUCGUUACAACCUUGCUAAUAUUGAAAAAAUUAUUUGGUAUGAAACUUCGCCACGGAUUAUUAUUAAACGAUACGCCGUGCGUAAGCGAAAUAGAAUCUUUCUAGUUCAUUAUCGCCUCCGAAGAGUGCUCUUUGAUCAGACCAACAGAAAGAUCGUGCAGAGAAUGAAGCAGAAUGUACGCCAAUGGUCUAAACGAAUUGUAGCAUAUCAAAGGAGAACGCAGUUGCCAAAAGAGUUCAUUGAAGAAACUGUUUGUGAUGAUAAGCCAGCAAGUGGCGUUGCUGAUGUUAGUAGGCAGCUUAAGGAGCAAUUGGAACUUUUGAAAAGUGGGCGAAGACAACAGUCCUUAAUAAAUGCAAAGCAAAAAGGAUAUGGUGCCGUUUCUGUCGCCAAAGAACAUUUAACAGAGUCUGAUAAGCAUCCCGAGAUGUGUCCUUCUAAAAAAGACAGUCCAGAAGAUUGCAAUCCAAUAGCUGAAAAUAAGUCUAAUGGCUCCUUGGCCAAGCACACAUUCGUCGAAGAGGAGGAAUCAUUCAGGUCCCGGCAGGAUUUGCAAAAUAGAUUGGAAUCUACACCUGAAAAACAGGUAAAUAUAGUGCAAGAAAAUUCAAGGCCAAUAAAACAAUUAGCCACUGACGAGAAAACUGAAAAAAGUCAACAUGAAGAUGAAAUAUCUGAUACUCGCAAAAACCCAGAGAAAAAUAUCAAAACAGGAGUAAAUUUUUUGGAUAUGCUAAUUAGUAAGGUUGGCAGCGGAAGCAACAACAGCAGCAUACAGACAACGAGUAAAACAACGGAAAGUAAGACCCAAAAGUCACCAUCAGAUGAUGUAUACCAUCAACACGAACAUUCUUUAGAUUCUAGUGACGGUUUUCUUGGAUUUGAUGACAAUGAACGCAUACCCGGUAUGCUUAUGACGCCUAUAGUGCCAAAUUCCACCCGCAACAAUAAAAAUUCUAUAUUUGUAAGUGAAACGCUCAACGAAUAUAUGCGUCAGAAUGAUUUGGAGACCAAUUACAAUAUCGACGAAGAUAAAUCUAUUAGACGCUCUCAAGUAAGACCGACUGACUUGGAAGGCUUAAUGACACCCAAAACUCAACCCCCAGAAUUUGAUAUGCCUGCUGUGCCGGAUAAUCUUCUACGCUUUCGUACAGUGGCCGAGAGAAGAAAUUAUUUACAAAAAUUUGCGAAAAAUUCCCGCCUAUCUAUUAUCAACAAUGAGGCUAGCAUUUACAGGGAGUUGCAGAAAAGGAUACGGUUCCAAAAAUGUAAACCCAGUAGCCAACAAAUAUCAGCACAAUCCGCAGGCUCGGCCAUGUCCUUCUCUCGUAAUGGUUGGUGUGCCGCCUCUUUCAUUAAUACUGAAUUCAAUAAAUACUACUAUCAAAUGUUAGAUGUUGACAAUGGUAAAUAUAGAGUAAAAUUAAAAGGUGUUCGUGGCAACAACGACGAGUUUCGUAAAAAGCCUUAUACUAGCAUUGCACAGCAUCCUCUUAGAGAAUGUCCUCCCCUAUGUAUAGAUGAAGAGAUGUGGCAUGAUUUUAAAUCGAUUAAAACUGUGUCGCCCAGAGCCAAGAAAUUAAACAAGGGCUCUUUACCGUCUGUGUUCAAGCCUUGUCCUCUCUCCCAUAAGACAUUGCAAAAGCCUUUGGAUGACGAUGCAGCUGCACUUCUAUUGGCGGGAGGCAGUAUGGCUGUUGUGCGCAUGCCUACGGUGGAACUAGAAGUUUUCCCAGAAUGCGGAAGACCUUUAAAUGAAAUCGCCAAACGAUAUUUGCAAUACAUUCUACCACAUCAUGAUAUAUCCAGAGAAUGGGCUGAGUUUAGUGUAUCUACCCUCAAGUCACCGGAGUCUUUGAAAGAUGCUGUUAAGGCUGCCACCAAUAGAAAAUCCUUCACAUUUGUGAUACCUUAUCUAAAUGAUCGCAAUCACGUACUAGUACGAAGGGUGGUAGAUCGUUCGGAAAAGUUGGACCAAUCGUUUGAGCAAAGCUCUGACACUGAGCUCGUGCCGAAAGCGGAUUUUACUUUUCGUCAAAAUUUGGACAUGUCAGAUGAUAUUCUAGUAACUUGUGCCGAUGUAGUAAGUGAUAUGAUAAAUUCAGUGGCCAUUAGUUGUAGUGAAAAUUCCUUUAUCAAAACCGAUCCGGAUAUGCAAAAUGAAGGCAACACCGAGAGUGUGCUAAAUGCACCAUCAUCAAUAAAGAAUGAAAAAGUUUCUCGUCCUCCUUCUGCUGCAUCGAACAGUGAAGCAAAGAAGCAAUCAAAACAAAAACGAGUGCUAUCGGAAUUGAAAAGACUGAAUGCUACAAUCAUUGAUGCAGCUGUAAAAACAGAAAAAGAGAAAAAGCCAUGCUCUCGUGAGUUCUGCACAAUGGGUUGCAUUUGUGACAGCUUGGAGGAAGAUUCACAUGUUCGUGAACAUUGUGGCAAAACAAAAUGUAUGUGGGAUUGUACAUGCAAAUCUUUAAAUCAGUCGAGAAUAAUGCGUUUGGAAACUGAUGGUCGAACUAUAACGACAGAGGAUGCAUUUAUGUUACGACGCAAAGCCACCGCUCGUUUGGCCCGCAUGGAAAAGGAAUUCACAUCCACCGUUGUGCUUACCGAAAACGAAACAUUGCUUAUUAACGAAACUAACAAUGAUAAAAAACGUAGAUGCACCAAAGCGCCAAAACGUUAUGAAUACUACGAGGAUGAAACGGAUGAAGAGGCGCGAAAACAAUCCCCAAAGAAGACAGCUUUGACUACCAUAGACAAUGAAAAACAUUUGGCCGUUGAUAUAAAGGAAUUCAGGGAGCCUGUCUAUAUUCAAGAUACAAUAUUGGAACAAUUGAAACAUUGUACGGUAAAUUUAGUACGGCUUGAAAAUAUGGACAAUGUGGCUCCAUGGUGCAUGAUACAUAAUUUAUACAAAUGUUUCUGCAAAGGCCGAAGCUUGGAAGGCAAGCCGAUGGUUAUUGAAAAAGACGAAAACAAUACAACCAUAGAGCACGGGGAAGACGAACCCCAAUGGGAAAUAGAUUACAAGAUCAGCACUAAAGCCCGUUAUACCUUUGAAAAGGUGGAGAAAAAGAAAUACACCGAUGGGGAGGAAUCAGAUGAUAAUGAUAUAAAUACAAAGUUGGAGGCCACACCUCCGUCACGACGCAACAAAGAACGCCCGCGCAUUAAUAAGGAAGAGGCUGUUAAGACUACUCGUAUUCCAGCGGAAGACGGUGAAAAAUCAGAAAAUGAAUUACUGGAACCAGCAUCAGAACAAGAAGCCCUUCUAGAGGAGCAAAGCAGAACAGAAAGGGAAAGACCCAGACGUAGUAUUGAAGAUGUGCGCGAACGUUUUUAUGCCUCAAGGCCGGAAUGCUGCCGGCGGCAAAUACCUAUACCCAGACGCAUGUUUUUAUACUGCAAUCGCAAGAGAAGAUUGAAUGUUUUGAAAUAUAUUAAAGAGAACGAAACGGAGAAAAACCGAUUGCUACUCAACGAGCAUGUCAUGAGAUCUGUCUAUUAUCAUAAAGCGGAUAAUGAAAAGACACGGAAACAACAAGAAAGCAAAUUGACUGUGGUAAAGGGAAGAGACGAGGAAAAACCUCAGGAAGUAAAGUCAAUUUUGCUUGCACCCAGGGCAGAUGAGAAGACUAACAAAACUUUGCUGGAAUGCCAUACGAAAGAUGAGAAAAAAUUCUCUGACGAAAACAAACAACAGGUCCAAGCUUUUGUUAACCUUUUGGAUGAUGAUGAAGAUGAUACGAAAGAUAAAAAACUUUAUACGAAAGACGAAACCAAUAAAACUGAUGCCGCUCAUGAUUCGGUUAUAACGGUUAAGGCUUUUGGUACCCUUUCAAGUAUGAAUAUUGGCGAAAGUAAAUUUUCCUCAACAUCAAACGACAUCAUGGCCAACGAAGAUAGACAAGAACCAGUUAUGCCGAAAAUUUCCAACUGUUUUUCGUUAAAUGCAAAGGCCAAUACCUGUAAAGCGCUGGGUUCUCCUUCGGAUGUGCAAAGACUUCAACAACAUUUGGCGGAUCUAACGUCAGCAACAUCAGUAAACUCUCAAGCGUUUAAUGAAACAGAUCAUUCGAAUGCCCCACAGGAAACAAUGGCAAUGCAUGCUAAUCAUGGUCCCACCGCAUUGGGUAAUCAAAUGCCAGGUAAUGUAGAUGCCGAUAAUCUUCGUGAUGUCUACAACAGUGUCAUUCGGACUAUGAAUACAUUGGUUAGUAAGAAAAUGCAAGACGUUGACUUUGCUUUGAAGCGUGAAAGUCAUAUAAUCCCUUCCCCAAAUGCUGAUAUUCUAUGUAUUAUGAAAUGGUCAAACUUUUUGGAUGCUUAUUGCCAAGGAUUUGCUUUCAUUUGGCAAGUAAAAUCAAAGGAAGGCACCUAUCUAGUGGCAACAAUUCGAAAUAUGAUGCCAAUGGUUUGUGAAGCUAUGGGCGUGGUUAAUAUAACAGCUUUGAAACCCGAAAGAGUACCCUUAAUGGGUAGAAUGCUUCUGCAGAAUGUACGCAACGAAAAAACCACUAAACUGGCAGUUGUUAUGCAGGGUAAACCCACGUAUUGGGUGGUAAAAGGUUUCCUUAAAGCCGAUCCGUCUAUGGCUUGCAAUAAGCCUACACCCGAAACUCAUCCAACUUUGACUAAAAAAAUUAACGUUUUAUGUACCUCCUUGGUGAAGCAAAGGCAAAAGGAAGAAAAGAAAAGGGAACAACUAGCCCAUAAACGUAACACCGCUACAAGUAUCUCACCACAAGUAUCACAAAUAAUUACUCCAUUGACGGAUGCUGUACCAAAUCACAUUAUCACAUUCCCCCAAAUUGUCACACAAAAUUUAACAACUAUUCCUCCGCCACCAUAUCAAGUACAGCAAAUGCAAAUUCUUCUGCCCACAAAUCCAGUUAUAGCCGCACCACAACCACCACCACCUUACCCGAUACAACAACAGCCUACAGUUGUUCCACAAAUUCCAAACCCAUCUGUUCAAGCCUCACCCGUACCGCCGGCCACUUUGCCAGCCAACACUACAAAUACUAUGCAAAUUUCCAAUAGCCCUCAAAAUAAUCCCCGAAAACGUAAAGCCACCAUUGAUAUGGCAUCCAAUGAUAUUUCACCUAAAAUGGAGGCAUAUUCCAAAAUGAGCUCGAAUAUCGAGUUUAGAAAAGUUACUCCCUGUGAUAUCGAUGAAAUUCAUCUGCCAGAAGUGCACAAAAACAAUCACAAGUGGUUAGUGUUAGAUCUGCACAAUGAUUUUUCGCAUAUUUUUGUUCCGGAGUUUCGAGACCUAGUAUCUUUGGAUCGUAUACAAAAGGUCAUCAAUUUUGCUAAGCAAAAGCAUAAAAUUGUAAAAUUACAAUUUUUCAAAAAUGCUCCAUUCGAUGCGUUUGUAACACCCAAAUCGGGAAAAAAAAUCUAUUUUGGUCCUCUUAAUAUGGAUAUGAAAGCUCCCACUCUAAUACUUUUGCAGAGUGUUGACGGAGUAAUGAUGCUUAGAGAAAUGUAUCAGGUUAAACACAACAUUCAAAAAUCUUUGGAGGAACGAACAAAAGCCUUUUGGCUAUUACAAAUGAAUGGCCAGACACACUUUGAAAUAGAAACCUCCAAAUUGAAUGAAUUGGAGAGCAGCACACUACUAGCAAACAACAAUACCAGCUCUGAUAUCAUGGUACAGAACGAGGAUGAUAAUGAUGAUGAUGAAGACGAUUGUAUGAUAAUUGAUGAUGUGUCGGCAAGUGCUGCUAAAGUACCUGAGGCACCGUCAGUGCAGCAGUUGCAGGAAAAACCCCAAGUGGGUCGCUAUAAUUUUACCAUAGCAUCUGCGAACAAUGAUUCCGAUAUAUCCAUUAUAUCACAAUCUAAUUCACUGCCAGGACCUCCACCCAUUCAAACUCUAAGUAAUUCUCGUAGCACCCCUACUAAUGGACUACAAGCGACUGGUAUAAAGAUACCACACACUAAUACGAUUAUUAAACCGCUUGUACAAAUACCUAUGGUGGUGACGACUACGUCACAGCAGUCAUCUCAGCUUAGCUCAGCUAUAGGAAUGGCAGCUGUUGUUGGUGGAACGAAUAGCACAUCUUCAUUUUUUGCAUCAAAUAAUGUGCCUAUUACCACAGCAGCAUCCCAAAAUGCAAUAUGCUCAUCUACAUUCAUGUCACAAUCGCCGGUGCCAUCAACACUGCCAACAGCUUCCCAGACGCUUCUAUCGCCGCCGCCAGCGCCCUCACCAUCCGCAGUCACAUCAGUAAAUUUAACAAAUCAAUCUCUAAUAUCUCCAAAUAUUGCAAAUAUGCCUUCUGAAACUCAUGCACCAUCCGCUCAAAAGAGACGUCGGGUUUCUGUAGUCUGUCGCGAUUCCUAUGACAGAACAACCCAGAACAUAGCCGUUAACGCUGUUAUAAACAAAAUACUGCCCGAUAAUAUACAAGAUAUUCAAGUAAAUCAAACACUGGGAACUCUCAAGGCUGUGUCUACAAUUGGUUCUACCACAAUUACUAAAAUUUUGGACAGUUCCCAUGAUGCUCUCCACAAGCAACAGCCCCAACAACAAUUGUCAAAUAAGGAGGAUAAUGUGAACGUUGCAAAGCCCUUAGUAUUCGACGUUAGUUUCGUUGAUGGUGGAGAAGAUGAGCCAGCGGCCUCAAUUGUCAUCAAACCCACGGCAGCUCCGCCUAUAAAAGUUACGCCUACACCCGCCCCACCCACCUCUGUGUCUUCGGCAACAACAUCAAAUUUAAAUUCCGCCCAAAGAGUUAAGAAUCCCAAGUUCCUUGUAAAAAGCUCCAAUAAUGCACCAUAUAAAUUUGUUAAACUUGGAUCUUCAAUGCCAAACUCUAACCCAGUUGCGGGCAAACCUCCGCAAAUAUACAAUAAAUUGCCAACCAUAAAAACAUCAACAUCGACUUCAACAUCCACCAACACCUCCAAUGUCAAAAUAGCUGUAAAUAGCCAAUCGAACAAUACAUUACCAAAGAAAGUUCUAAAUACCAUAAAUCCAAUUAAAAUAACCAAUAUAACAACUAUUCCUGCAUCGAAGAUGGCACCUGCCAAACUUCUAACAACACCAACAACAUCAAAUAUAAAAAUAGCACCGAAGCCCUUGGUGCAAACUGCCAAAACUCUUCCCAUGGUAGCUAGAUCAGUAACCAUAACACCGUUGGCGUCAAGCGCGACGUCAAGUGUAGCUAACUCAAGCACAUCUGCAGCACCUACGGCGGUAACAUAUACAAGAAAAACAUUGCCCACUUCGCAACCGCUAACACCAGCGUCCUCUGCAACAAGCACAGUAACAUCGAAUAAUAGGCUAAUAUCUUCCUCGUGUUCUAGCAAUUUGAAUAACUCCUCCAUAUCUGGCCUGGCCAUAACAAGUGUAAAAUCUUUUGGGGCUACGCCAUCCCAAAGAAUUAACCAGAACACUGGAAUAAGCGUUAGGCCGUCUGCACCAUUGGUAGUGGGUCAGCAUAACAAAAAUAAUGAAGUCGGAAGCGUAGGUGCGAAAUUAUUAACAUCACCCACUGGUAAACCACCAAAUAUACAGUUGAAUAAUAAUCGCUUCCAAGUGGGGGGAAAAACAAUGUCUGGGCUGGCAAGCACGUCUUCUCAACAGAAAAAGAACAACGAAGAUAACCCUAGCGAAAGUUCGGUAGCACUACCACGCCACAUCCAAUAUGGUUAUAUAAUUUCUUCAAAAUAUACAGACUACAAGUUCGUAGCGAAACGUGUUUUAGAAGAAUUUUAUGUGAAAGUACCAUCUGUUGGCAUUUUAAAACUUAUGGGACUAACUGCUGUACAGAACUAUCUUAACAAACAUAUGCAGAAAAUAUCGCAGAGAAAUACACUACCAGGUGAUUGGAAGUUUAUGGCGGCCAGUAAGGAGGUGCAAUUACAAAAUCAUCAAAAAUCAUUGCUUGUACGUAAAUCUAAGUCUGGAACAGAUUUGAAGUUGUCAACACGCGCACCCAUUUUAAACUCUACAAGAACAGAUUCCAAUAAAUCACAAAAGGUUGUGAGCGUCACUUCGAUGAGUGAAACGAUAUUAAUAGACGAUUAAAUCGUCUCCAUUGUACUGAUUAAACUGAUAUUUAAUCAAGGUCAAAGCAAUCAUGUUGAAUGCAUCCAUAUGAACGUGUAUACAUCCUCCUAUUUAACUAAGUCCUUUGUUUUGUAGACCAGAUUUGUAUAUAUAUACAUAUAUAUAUAGUAUUUUUUUUCUCAUUUUGUAAAUUAUUUAUUUCUAAGUAAUUUUAUGUUUAUAUGUGUUAAAUAGUGUACUCAAAAUUUGAAAACUAGUUUUUCAUUUGGUUUUGUCCAAAACUAGCAACAAUGCUGAAUUAAUGUUGGGUGUUGCAUAAGGCUAGGCAAAGUUAAUUCCAAAGCUUAAAAAUGUUAGGUGUUUUUCCUUAUUUUUUAAUGACUCCCAUCAUCAUUAUCAUCAUUUUAUUGAUAAAGAAAUUUCUGAAACAAACAAAUAUUUGAAUAAAAUUAAAUACUUGAGUUUAUGAAUUCUUAAAAUUGA